CGAAGCUGAAACUUCAGACACGCUGAGAUCUGAGCAUCACUCGAGGAAUAAAGGACUGAAUUAAAGACACUAUGAAACUCUGUUACCUGCUGCUGCUGUCAGUGCCAGGUCUGGUUCUGGCUCAGGAGCAGAACUAUGAUGAUUAUUCCGAGAUCAACAGCUACGAUCCGUUCUACUAUCCGGCCGUUUCUCAGCAGGUUUUACAAGCGCAGACCUCAGAACCGGGACAGGCCGCGGUGGAGUUACAGACGGAGCCGACUGAACCUGGACCGCUUGACUGUCGUGAGGAACAGUAUCCCUGCACUCGUCUCUACUCCGUCCAUCAGCCCUGCAAACAGUGUCUCAACAGCAUCUGCUUCUACAGUCUGCGGCGGGUUUAUGUGAUAAAUAAGGAGAUCUGUGUGAGGACCGUCUGCGCUCACGAGGAGCUGCUGAGAGCGGAUCUGUGUCGUGAUCAGUUUUCCCGCUGCGGUGUAGUUGCGCUCAGCGGCCAGUGCGGGGCGAUGGGCGGCAGCUGCGCUAAGAGCUGCGGAUCCUGUUAACACACACACACACACACACACACACACACACACACACAGAUGCCCUGGUGCUGCCGAUCAACUGACAAACAACUUACGAACAAAUGUUCUUCCAGUAACAUUAACGGGAACGUUAGCAAAACGUUCUCAGAACGUUUCCGUGUUAGCUGGGAUGAUCUGGGCUCGUGUAAACUGAUAUUUACUGUAAUAAUCUCUGGUUUGGAUGAAUAUAUGUCGCCACUGGUGCUAUUGUAUCUGUCACACUGGUGCAGGAGGAACCGUUUGUAUUAUAACUGCUUGUCGUCCAGUGCUGUCGUCGUUGUUUACUUGUUUAUUCUGUCUUGGGGUGAGUUACACUGAACCCAGACUCAAACCCUCACGCCUGAUCUCAGGUCAGAGGUCUAGACCUGUAAGCACUGAUCUGUCAUCAUCAAUCACCUGAAGAACUCUACUGACCUGCGCAGACUUCAACAUACUCAGCAUUUACUGUAAUAUUAGCUGUUCCAAACUACGUUUGCAGUUUAUUAAUAAACUUUUGUUGUACUGUACGUUUAAAUAGAGUCUACAAACAUGAAACUUUUCAAAACAUUUUAAUGUGUACAAAAACAGUUCUAGCAACAGGAGUAAGACUGUAUCUCAUUCACAUGUAUACACACACGGACCAAAAGACUGAGCAGUUUUAAAACAUCAAUUAAAAUGCCUUUUGUUUUUAGUAACGAUACACAAUAAGCCAUUGACGCGAUGAUGAUCGCUCCAGAUGUUUUCUUUGCUUCUGAUUUAACUGUAUGUAACCUGCACCUUAAUAUUAUUGCUUUUGAAAAUGAAUUAAAAUAACAAUUAUUGAUA